GGGCGGGAUCGGCUCUGCGGCGGCCGCACCGCACCGCGCCGUGCCGAGCUGAGCCCCGCAGAGCCGCGCCGGCCCCGCAUCACCGCACCGCACCGGGCGGAACCGCGCAGAACCGAAAACCGAACCGAAGCGAGCGGACAGCGGCCGCCGCAUCGGAACCGCACAGCGCCGGGCCGGGCCAUGCGCUGACGCCGCGGUGCAGCCCGCAGCCAAGGGCGGAUCCCGGGCAGCGCACGCGGGGGGCCACGAUGCCGGAGCAGAGCAACGAUUACCGCGUGGUGGUGUUUGGUGCCGGCGGCGUGGGGAAGAGCUCGUUAGUGCUGCGCUUCGUCAAGGGGACGUUCCGAGACACCUACAUCCCCACCAUCGAGGACACGUACAGGCAGGUGAUCAGCUGCGACAAGAGCGUCUGCACGCUGCAGAUCACCGACACCACCGGCAGCCAUCAGUUCCCAGCCAUGCAGCGCCUGUCCAUCUCCAAGGGCCAUGCCUUCAUCCUGGUGUUCUCCGUCACCAGCAAGCAGUCGCUGGAGGAGCUGAGGCCCAUCUACCAGCAGAUCGUGCAGAUCAAGGGCAGCGUGGAGAGCAUCCCCAUCAUGCUGGUGGGCAACAAGUGCGACGAGACGCAGCGGGAGGUGGAGAGCAGGGAGGGGGAGGCCGUGGCCAAGGAGUGGAAAUGCGCCUUCAUGGAGACCUCGGCCAAGAUGAACUACAACGUGAAGGAGCUCUUCCAGGAGCUGCUCAACCUGGAGAAGCGCAGGAACGUCAGCCUCACCAUCGACGGGAAGCGCUCCAGCAAGCAGAAGAGGACAGACAAAAUCAAGGGGAAGUGCAGCAUCAUGUAGAACCCCGGACUGGCCCGUGCCCCCCGGCCCCCCCCCCUCACCUCCCCGUGGUGGGGCUGUCCCUGUGUGCUCCCUGCGUCUGCGGUGCCUGCGGGGCAGUUGUGGCCAUCGUUGGGUUUGGGGACACAGACCCGUGGGGACCCUCGGCCUCGUGGAGUGGGACGGGGUUGUGGGGCCGGCCGCGUGUGUGCUGCAGCACAACUGGACACGGGCGUGUGGGGAUGGGAUGGGGGGACCCCACCGGGGGCCGUGGAUGCCCACCCAGGUCCCCGUAUGCUGUGCAACGUGGCAGCGGUGCAGCCACCCCCCUGGUGACGGUCACAGCAGCCCUGGGCUGUCCCUCCUGCACGGUGCCCUUCCCUGGGUGGGAGCCCCCUCCGCUGCCCCCUGCUGAGCCCCCUCCCGUCCCCCAGAGCCGCCAGCCCAAGCACAAAGCAUCGGGUCCUGCGCAGGUCCUGACCCAGCACAAUCCUGGCGAGCUCGGACGCAGAGCCCUCCCCGCACCCCAAAAUCCACCACCAUGCGGUCGGGGUCCCCCCUCUCCCUCAGAACCCCCGAGGCUCUGCCCCCCCAUCGCUGCCCCACGCCCCCCUGGAGCCCUCUGCUUGUCCCCCUCCCCAUCCCCCCGGCCGGAGUAGGGCCCUGCCGCCAGCAGCCCCUCAUCCCUGCGGGGUCACCCCUCACUCCGGCCCUACUGCCCCCCACCCCGGGGCCACCCCAAUGCCAUGGGGUGCACACAAUGGGGGGGGGGGGGGCCGUGCCUGCUCCCCGCUCCUCCUCCGGCGUUUUACACCCACCCGACCCCACCGAGGGACGAGGCGACGUGACGAUGUAGCCUUUAUUCUAGAAAUAGUCUUCCUUCAAUAAA